AUGACCAUUGACUUUUCAGAUGCCUCGAGAAUCGUCUGUUAUUUCACCAACUGGUCCCAGUACAGAAGUGGCGAAGCCAAGUUUCUGCCUGCAAAUAUUGACAUGAUACGUUGUACCCACGUCAUGUACGCAUAUGCUAAACCGGAAGGGUUAAACAUUAAGCCUACCCAGCCGAACGAUGAAUCCACCCCAAGAGUAGAGGGAUUAUAUUCUCGAUUGAUGAAAGUGAGACGAAAAAACCCAAAUGUUAAGGUCCUGCUGUCUGUUGGCGGGAGGAAAGUGGGGCCCAAACCUUUUGCACCAGUGGUGAAAUCGGAGGACGCUAUGUCAACAUUCGCCAAAAAUGUCAUAUCGUUUCUGCGCAAAAGGCAAUUCGACGGCUUAGAUAUGGCCUGGGAAUACCCAGAGGACAGCGAUAAAUCAAAGUUUCAAAACCUUAUGGAGGAAAUAAUGAAAGCCUUUGAACGGGAAGCAUCUCGAACUGGUAAAGAACGACUGCUGUUGUCAGUAGCUGUGCCCCCUUUCAAGUCUCAAAUCGAUGACGGUUAUGAUGUCGAGGAUUUAUCUAGAACCGUUGACUUCAUGUCCAUUAGGAGCUUCGACUUUCAUGGAGACUGGAGUAGCGGUGUCGGUUUCAACUCGCCCCUUUACGCACACCCUGAUGAAAGUGGAGAGGAAACCCAGCAUAAUGUGGAUUGGGUUGCCAGAUACUAUGUGUCUCUUGGCGCCCCGAAGAGCCUUCUAAACAUUGGAAUCCCCACAUAUGCAAGAACGUUUACACUAAAGGAUCCCGACCGUCACUCAGUUGGGUCUCCAUUCCGGGGUAAAGGAAGAGCCGGCCCGCUCACGAAAGAAGCAGGGAUCCUGGCCUAUUUUGAAGUAUGUAACAUAAUGGGAGAAUCGGAGGUGAUUAAAGUUGCUUCUCAAAGGAAUUAUUACGCUGUGCAAGACGGCCAGUGGGUGGGUUUUGAAGGUGUUGAGAGCGUUAAUGCCAAGGCUUGCUAUGCCGCUCAGAAUGGAUAUGGAGGCAUUCUCAUCUGGAGUUCAGAUCUCGAUGAUUUUGAGGACACUGAGUGCAAACAAGGAGUAGACCCACUUCUGAAGGCAGCACACGAAGCUAUCAAUGACCCGUCGUCAGAGUGUGAGGAAGAAGAAGAUGAACCAAUUACAACCAAACGGCGCGGUACUACUAGUACGACUCCACGUCCUGAAACAAUAACAGAGGCGCCAGUUUCAGAUUACUACAGAACUAUUUGUUAUUUCACAAACUGGUCUCAGUUCCGAAAGGGAAAGGGGAAAUUUCUACCUGAAAAUAUCAACCCUAACCUUUGUUCUCAUAUCAUUUAUGCAUCUGCAAAGCUGGAAAGAUUAGAUCUGCAGCCCGUCGAGGAGAAUGAAGACUCGACUGAAUCUAAGGAAGGAAUGUAUGCACAAGUGAUUAAGCUGAAAGAGAAAAAUCCAAACAUCAAAGUCCUGCUAUCUGUUGGCGGCUCCUAUUUAGGAUCCGACCCUUUCAAACCUGUAGUAGAAUCAUUGGAAGACAUGUCGCUCUUCGCUUCGAAUGUAGCCUCGUUUCUACGCAAAAGGGAAUUCGAUGGCCUUGAUAUGGACUGGCAAUACCCAGCGGAUAUAUUAACCACGCCAGAGGAUAAACCGAAGUUUCAGCAUCUUAUGGAGGAACUGAUGAAGGAGUUUGAGCGAGAAGCGAAAAAAACUAGCAAAACGCGCCUGAUGUUAACGCUUGCCGGGGCACCUGACAAGGAGAACAUUGAUAAAAGCUAUUAUUUAGCAAAUUUAUCCAGAAUCGUAGACUUCAUCACCAUCAUGAGCUUCGACUUACAUGGCGCCUGGGAGGAUGUGGUCGGUUUCAACUCGCCCUUGUAUUCACACCCUGAUGAACAAGAUCCUGCAUCUCAGCUUUGUGUGGACUGGAUUGCCAAAUACUACGUGUCUCUCGGAGCUCCGAAGGAAUUACUUAACAUUGGCAUCGCUACAUACGGGCGAUCCUUUAAACUUAAAGACCCCGAAAAGCACACGGUUUUGUCUGCAGCCAUUGGUAAGGGGAAUGCUGGCCCAAUCACUGAAGAGGAAGGGAUCAUGGCCUACUUCGAG